AUGAUCAAACAACCGAAGCCUCGCACAGCCAAAGGAAGGCGAAUCUAUGACGCUAAACAACCUCAAAUUCAUGAAGGAGUCAAGAAUGCAUUGUUUCUCAAAGGGACUUCGACCUCCCAGACCGUCACCACCGCUCUAAAAGAUCUGUAUCAACUGAAACGACCAAACGGAGUCCUAUUCUCACGCAAAAACAAUCUACAUCCAUUCGACGAUAUACGGCCGUUAGAAUUCUUCUGUGAAAAGAGUGAUGCUGCCCUCUUCUCUUUUGCUUCUCACUCUAAAAAGAGGCCAAACAAUCUCGUUAUGGGACGCAUGUUUAAUAAGGAGAUCAUGGACAUGUGUGAGUUCGGUGUUGAGUCAAGUGUUGCCAUGUCUGAUAUCAAGGGCCCAAAAUGCUCCUUCGGAAACCGCCCACUCCUCGUCUUCCACGGCGACGCAUUCACAACCCACCCGGAAAUGAUACACGCUCGCUCCCUCCUCAUGGAUUUCUUUCGCGGCGACGAAGAGGACCAUGUCGAUCUAGCAGGUCUCGAACACGUCAUAUCCAUCACAGCAGUAUCACCACCAUCAUCAAAUAGUACGACGACUACACAACCUAAAAUAUUUAUACGCGUGCAUCGAGUGACCUUGUUAAAGAGUGACAGUAACAAGCUGCCUCGUGUGGAAUUGAUUGAAAUGGGUCCUAGAUUGGAUUUGGUGUUGAGGAGAAGUAGAUGGGCUGAUGAUCAGAAACGUAAAGAGGCUAUGAGACAGCCUAAAGAGAUCAAGCCAAAGAAGGUGAAGAACAUUGAACAUGAUCCCAUCGGUGACAAGUUUGGUCGCAUCCAUAUGGGCAAACAAGACUUGACAAAAUUACAAACACGCAAAAUGAAGGGUCUAAAGAGAUCUCGGGAUGAAACUGAAGGUGGCGAUGAUGACGCAUCAGAAACUGAACCAGGAAUGAAGAGAGUCGCUCCUGAUUCUGAUAUGGAUGAUGAGGAGUAG